AGUGAAGCCAAAACAGAACUUGCUACAGCUGUAGUAGCGAGACAUCACAAAUAGACUAAGAAACUAACAGGAACUACCAGGUACUGGUAGACUGUGGAAAAGACAAAACAAGGAUAACGCGUCAUGCCUCUAGAGCUAACAUCCUUUGCUUCCUGCGCCCAGCCCUCUUUCGGUUGGCUUUCGAUCACACCAACUGCCCAGUCAUCGUUAGUUUAGUCCAUGAUUUCCGAAACGCAGACAACAGUGGUCUGCCUUUCGCUAAGCACGAGCCGAGGCUACCGAUAACGGUGCUGUAUCAGUAGGCCAUACUUUGAAUACUAAAGGUACCAGUACUGGUACUAGUAGCUACCGUACUCAGUAGAAUAAGGUGAAAUUUCACAUGGGGUGCAAACACAAUAAGCGCGUAAGAAGCGAAGUCCUCAAUCCUCAAAUUGCAAGUAGAUGGCAUUGCCGCGCAGCCAAUAUCCACGCAACUGCCCGGCUAGUUUCAUCACUGCGACUUCCGUUUGUUUCCUCGCGGAAAGCCAGAAAGCCCAGUCUUCUUCGCAGCUUGCUUGCGAAUAAAGCAUGAGCUCUAUGCAAGGUCUACAUGUACGUAUCGUUGAGACAGAGUUGUAAGUUUGAAAACUCAGGCUUGCCCGAUCGCCACUUUUCAAGUUACCGUUCCGGCAAGCGUUUUCCAGGACGGAGGGAGGUGAGACGCGUGUGGGAACCAAGAGGACCAUGUACACCAUGUUUGGCUUCCUUGCAGGAAUGCCUCGGCGAUUUCAACGAAUUAUGUGACAAGAUUCUCAACGGCAAGGCCCCGCACUAGGCAAUGGGAUUUGUCACAUAGCACCUUGGGUUUUCGGUAUUCAGCGAAAGGCAGAAGCACUUGGCGGAGCUCCGAAGCAAACUGGUGGUACCGGUUCAUCAUUCGCUCUGUUGCAAUCCUGCACGGAUUUCGUUCUACUGAGGUAUUAUACCGGCACUGGUGCUGGUACCGUUCAAAACCCUGUGCAUGUGUCUGACAAACAAGUUUCAAGGCUGAAUGCUGAAAUCAAGCCAAUGAUAGUUCUAGAGGGCGCCUACAAAGGAUGGGCGGCAGCCAUGUGUGCCGUGAUGUGCAGUGGGUCCUUUGGCGUUCCGAUCAAAUCCGAGACCUGUCGUCGAUUGAACAUCGAUCCUCUGGUCUUUCAAACCUACAAAACCGUCAUGUUUGUGUUAUUCUCUUUUGCGUUUUCAAUUUUGUCGGGUUUGCCGAUCCACUUUUCUCCCUGGGGCAUUGUUUCUGGUUUGUUUUGGGUUCCAGGUGGUACGGCUGUGAUCGUCGCAAUAAACCUCCUCGGCCUUGCAGUCGGCAUCGCAGUGUCCAACAGCCUGAUUGCUCUCGUGUCCUUUAUCUGGGGAAUUUUCAUAUUCGGUGAGUCCAUCCAUUCUCGGUCAAUUGCAUGUCUGGCGGUCUUCAUGAUGAUUUUGGGUUUCACUUCCAUGAGCCAUUUCGCUUCCGGAGAGAAUGGCGCUGACGCCAAAAAGUUCGGCAUCAAGGAUGAGACACCAAGCGGGCUGAGAGAGCCUUUGCUAUUGCAGAACGAUUCCAUGAAACCGACCAUCAUAACUCUAUUCAGAAGACAUUCUUCGCUUUCAGAUGAAGAACUUAGUCUGACGGACAGCGACGAUUCUGAUUCUACGGCUUCUAGUGGAACCAGAAUUCGAAAUCGCAAGUGUCUGAGACAGCUGGAAAGCUCGGUAGCUGUCACAGCAGCAAUGGAAAUGCUGCCUCCUCGAAAGGAUGAUCUCCCACUCCUUCAACCGGUGGUAGCGGACUCCUGUCAGAUUUGUCCAUCUUUGCUGCAAAUCCACAAGACCUCUGUUGUCAUUUGCGGGAGGGAGCUCAGUAGAUUCCAAGCGGGUGUGAUUGUUGCAGCUAUAGGUGGCACGUGGUGUGGGAGCGUAAUGAUCCCCAUGAAGUUUUGCCACGGGGAUACUACCGGACUUGGAUACCUCAUCAGCUUUUCCUUGGGUUCAUUGGUGGUAACGACAAUCCUUUGGAUUCUCCGAUUCCUCAUGCUAUCGUUCUGCCAAGGAUCUUUCAAGAAGGGAUACCAAUCUUUGCCAUCCUUUCACUUGCAAGAAAUGUGGAGACCAGGAGGUUUGUCAGGUCUGUUGUGGAGCACUGGCAACUGUUUCAGCAUCCUUUCGGUGCACUAUCUUGGAACCGGCGUGGGUUACUGUGUCAUUCAAUCAUCCAUGUUGAUUGCAGGUAUCUGGGGAAUAGUUUAUUUUCGCGAAAUCAAAGGCAAAGGAACGAUUUUCAAGUGGUUCCUUUCUGCCAUUUUUUCGGUUUCUGGCAUUGUUCUAUUGGCCUAUGAGAAGGGAGCCUAAACUUUGAUGCAUACAGUGCUGUAGAGCGAAGUUCUUGGCGCUUGGCGCUGUCCACGUAGUGUAGUGCAGACAAGGUAACGCAAAACAUUCAACGAGUUGAUCCACCGACCAUACAAAAACAACUUUUAGCACUUAAUGAAAGCUCUCCGAUCUUGAGU